UUGUGUAUUUGUUAUUUAUUGCACAGACUUUUCGCCGGAGUUGUUCGAGGCCACGAAUAAGACUCGAGGUGGCAGAGAUCCCCGGGAUGGACUCCCGCUUUUCCUCGCGCUGGCGUGGGAAAUCACGCGCCAUUGAGGGUUGAUGUUGUGCAUGCGCCUUGGUAGCCUGUGUGCAUGGUCGAUGCUAGGCUACAUUGCGUGGCUUCGGCGGCCUCCAUUUGCGAAUUUAUGUGCACGCUCGAAGAUUAUUUCGAGGCCUUUUGUUUCGACGACGGCACGCAACAGUUGGAGUUUGCUCUGUUAUUAUUGCUCUCCAAAAAGCGCAACACGCCAUACGGUGGUGGAAGGAUGUCAACUGAAAAUAACCAUAGUUCAACUUGAGGUGCUUUUUUUUUUUUUUAAGUGAAGAAGAAUAGUAUAAGUUUACUCUGUCCCAUCUAUGGAGGAUCCUACUGUAAUGGAGGAGAGGGUAGAGGACUCGGCCAUUACUACCUCUAUCACCACAUCAAUCCCAUUUGACAGCGUCACCAUGGAGCCAGGCCUGGCCAACGAGGAUGUGGUGGAGGACCAAGCUGUAGCCAUGACAGACAAGGAUACAAGCUUAACCAUCAUAGCCAUGGCUUCAUCCACUGACACCAUAACAAACACUGAGGUCAACCUAGCUAUGGCAUCAUCCACACACAGUGAAGUGAACUUAGCAAUAGCUUUAUCCACUGAUGUCAUUACAAACAAAGAAGCGAGUGGAACCAUAGCCGUACCCAUGGAUAGUGGGAUAAACUCUGAUGCUAAGCCAGCUAACACACCCAUAGUAUCAGCAUCUUUAUCACCAGCUGCCACUGUGACAAACACUGGUGCCAACCCAGCCCUCCCCUCACCAUUAACAUCAUCUGCUGCCAGUGGCCCAGCCCCCGGAGGCCUGCAUCCCGAGGAGGAAGGCCUCUCAGCGAUAAGCUCAUGUGGUAGUGUGGGGGUCACUCUGGAGAACAGCAAUGUCUGGAGGGAGUUCCACUGCUGUGGAACCGAGAUGAUCCUCACCAAACAGGGCCGGCGCAUGUUUCCCUACUGCCGCUAUCGCCUGACGGGUUUGGAACCAACACGUCGUUACUGCUUGGUCCUGUCAAUCACCCCCGUCGACAUGUACCGCCAUCGCUGGAACCUGAAGGAGUGGGAACCCAGUGGUCCUGGAGAACCACACACCCAGGCCUCAUGCCGACUCUUUCCCCACCAGGACUCAUCAGCCCUGGGGAAGGUCUGGAUGGCCAGCCUGGUCUCCUUCUAUAAACUCAAACUGACUAACCACUGCCUGGACCAGGAGGGACAUGUGUUGCUGCACUCCAUGCACCGCUACAGGCCCAGUUUACACGUGAUCCCCGUCGCAGAUGGAGAUGACCUUGGCUUUGACCCUAAGCUGCUUGACCUCCAGCUCCUCGGCCCGGAGGUCAUGACCUUCACGUUCCCGCAGACCGAGUUCUAUGCAGUGACGUCGUACCAGAACACCAGGAUCACCCAGCUGAAGAUAGAUUAUAACCCCUUUGCUAAGGGCUUCAGGGAGGACAGCGGCAGCCCGCGCCUCGCAAAGCCCAGGCCGGAGCACCCUCAGGCAGGGAAGGGAGAUAUCCGCUCCCCUGGUCGUAGCACUGCUAGGUCCAAUGGUGGUGAGGGGACUGAGCAUAUUGUUACUGUAAACGAUGUUGUGGCUGAUAUCAGCAUGAAGAAACGUUCUCUCCCUACAACUCACCCUGUGGGGGAAGUCUCAGGGAAGUUGAGGAAAGUAGCUCUUGGUACAGCAGAUUCAGAUGCCAAUCAGACUGAUGUGUCUGCCAGUGAAGAGGGGAUGGAUCUGGACUACAGUGACCAUGUCUUCCACAGGCAGUACCUCCGAGCCCAGCUAGCCCUGCCCUCAGGAGCCUCCAGGCCAGAGAACAGCCCGGGGGCUGGGGGGGAGAGACUGGGUGCUGGGAUGGACCACUCCAGACAGGCCAGCCUGACUGCUAACCCUCAGAAUACUACACAGUCUACUGUGUUACACACAAACAGAUGUUCAAAGCCUUUAAAACGUUCAACUGUAGAACCAAUGGACUCUGAGGUUCCGCCUUCACAGAAGGUUCCGCUUGUAGAGCCAACCAUGACCGCACCCAUUUCGCUUACAGAAACUCAGGAGGACAAGGUUGCGAGCUUAACCCCUAAAACAUCCAAACCUCAAAAGAUUGCACCCAAGCCUUCUCCUACCCCCUCACCUCUGACCCCCACUGCGUCCCCCUUUGCCGUUCCUAAGCCAUGGAAGAAGGGGCGUAAACCGGGGGGCAAUCGGUGGGGCAGUGUCGGAAAAGUCUCUAAGGGUACCAAGGCGGCGACAGCGGCUGUCACUGCAACUAGCAGCCCAAUACCUGUUGCUAUGCAACCGGAACUGGAUGACGUGGAGGGUCUACUUUUUGUGUCCUUCACUUCCAAGGAAGCUCUUGGUGUCCAUGUGGAGGACAUGCCAUCCGAUAACACAUCACCAGUCACUCAGGAACAGCCAGAGAAAACUGUAGUGGAGAGUGUUGAGGAGAAGAUUGCAGUACUGGAGAGUGUUGAAGAGAAGAUUGCAGGUCUGCAGACUAUCUUACUGCAAGACCUAAACACACUCAAACACAGACAGGUCAUCCACCCUGUCCUACAGGAGGUUGGGCUGAAGUUGAGCUCCCUGGACCAAGGCCUGGCCAUCGAUCUACAGUAUCUGGGGGUGCGUCUACCGCUGUCUCCGCCUGUGUUCACUGGGCUGGGCAGCACUUCCUCCACUAAUGGAAGCAGGUCCUUUGUCUCCAGGACGGGGAAGACCAGUGACCUGACCAAGAUCAAGGGCUGGAGGGACAAGUUCAUCAGGACCAAAGAGACCUCUAAGAACCACAACCCCAACCGCUCGGCCUUCUGCAGCGAAAUGCUCGACCAAUACCUGGAGAGCGAGGCCCAGCGAAUCAGCGACCGCGCUGCUGCCUUCUCCCACAACCCCCUGGGCUUAGUGGCCUAUCAGCUGCCUGUGACCAGCACCAGCUAUGUGCGGACCCUCGACAGUGUUCUGAAGACACGUGCCCCCCCGUCCCCCGCCUUCUGUAGACCCUGCCCCCUCUCUCGGAAACCCCUCCUCUACGCAGCUCUAAAGAAACCCCCUCCACCCAUCAACAACCACAGGACCCCUCCUAAAGCAGCCAAACCCAAACCCACACCAGCACAGGGCAAACUGCACCAUAUAACACCAGCCCAGGGCAAAGCCAGAUCUGCCUCUGUGCUACGGCCCAUCCAGGUCACCAACAGUAACAAAACUACUGCUGCUAAAGCUACAGCUGGGGUUAAAGUCACCAGCCCUCCUACUGCACAGCGGUCUCCUCCAGGCCAGGGGGCUGUGAGGAGGGACUCCAGCCCAGGGAGAGGCCUCUCCAGCGGGUUGACUGGCCUCUCUAAGAACCAGCUCAGACUGGUCGGUCUCUCUAAGAUCCAGCUGAGAAUGAUGGAGAUGGAAGAUGCCACCUUCUACCAAGGACACGAUAGAACACACAUCACUACUGAGAGGGUGGAGAGAGCCCUGAUGGCACUGCUCACUGCGCAGGGUCUCCCUAAGAGCCGUGCCCCCCAGGCCAGUCCAGUGGACAGUCCAGAGUGUGGUUCUGAGUUCUGCAGGCUGGGGUGUGUGUGUUCCAGCUUGGCCCGGGUGUCCAGGGGUCCGCUCCACUGUUACAGGCCUGACUGUAUGUUGGGCUGCUCCUGCUUUAAACGCAGGAUCACCAAACAGACCACAGCAGCAGAGAACGGCCAGCACCAGACACUGCCUGUUUACACUGUGUCUAACGUGGAGCAUGAGGUUCAGCCCAAUCGAGGCAUCCGUGUCUCAACCCUGUGGGACUGCACCUCAGGGGUGGACCCCGAACCCCUCUUCAGCCCGAAACCUGCCCCAAACAUACCCACCAAGCCUCUAACCAGGAUCUACAACCCUGGUCCAAAGCGCUACGUACCUCGUCUCACCCCCGAGCUGCGAGAGGAGGACAAGGACCCAGUCUACAAGUACUUUGAGAGCAUGAUGACGUGCGCCCGUGUCAGAGAGUUUAACAGUAAACCGCCGCCCCAGGUGCUGCCGCCACAGGUCCACCUCUUUAAGGACAAUAAUAGUUCCAUCAUCCCCAGCAGCAGAAAGGUGAGGCACAGGACACACACACACUAAAUAUUUAUUGCCGGAGUAUAUGCAUUAAGGAGUGCGAUCGACUGGUCAAUCUUCAAGCCAUUCCUAGUCAGUCAUCGAACAUUUCUGUAGAAAAGCCAAUGAUAAAGCCUUGUGCUCCUAUAAUUUGUUUUCCUGUCUUGCGCUG